AUGGCUCGCAAGAAGGUGACCCUCCAGUACAUCGCCAACGACUCCACCCGGCGCGGCACCUUCAAGAAGCGCCUCAGGGGCCUGAUGAAGAAAGCGGGCGAGCUGGCCAUCCUCUGCGACGUCAAGACCUGCGUGCUCGUCUACGGCGAGGGCGAGCCGGCGCCGGAGGUCUUCCCCUCCCACGCCAAGGCGGCGGCCAUCCUGACCCGGUUCCGGAGCAUGCCGGAGCUGGGCCAGUGCAAGAACAAGAUGAACCAGGCGGGCUUCCUCACCCAGCGCAUCGACAAGCUCCGCGACCAGGUCGACAAGUCCCGCCGCGAGUGCCGCGACCGCGAGAUCAAGGUCCUCCUGCACAGGGCCAUGCUCGGCGCCCUCCCGGGCCUCGCCGGCCUCACCAUCGAGGAGCUCACCAGCGUCGGAUGGAAGGUGGACGUGCUCCUCAGGAGCAUCGGCGAACGCAUCGACAAAAUCCAUUCCCUUUCCAUGCAGGCGCCGCCGCCAGCCGCAUACCAGCUCACCACCGGCAGUAGCAGCAUGGAGGAUCACAUGGGGUCUCCGCCGUCUCUGUACCAGGUCCAGGCACCACCGCAGCAACAACAGCAGGAGGGCUGGCUUGACAUGGUGCCCCGGCCCGGAGAAGAUCUCGGCACCCAGCUGCUCUACGGUGGCUAUACCACCGGUGGCCACGACGGCGCCAGCUUCUCCUCCUCCAGCGGCGAUAUGAAUAUGAUGAUGAUGCAGCCCUUCGAUCUGGGCUUCGGUUUGAGCCAUUUCCCUCCCAUGUAA